CUUGUUGAAUAUCGAAUGGAGGCGGAGCUACUGCUUAUCACGUGUUUAUCGGUGGUGCUCUGUAACCCCGGAGAUAAGAUAGGCCACCUCUGUUCCCAGUUACUGCUCGGAUGUGACGCUGACUGCCGACUCUGGUCGCGGUUGUUGUGGUUCAGGUGGUUGUUGUGUGCGCUUCUGCAUGACGUCACCACAUUCAUGGUUUGGGCGUGUCGUAAGAGCCUGUCUUUGGUCCGCUGUUGGUUUCGGUCUCCUUUGUUUGCUGAGCUCAGGACAGUUGGACUAUGUACUACGUGCAACGGCAUUACACUCAAGCGGCAUCCGCAGGUCCGCUGCAGACUGGACUGCAUUCUGCUGCACAGCUACUUUGCAGCCAGGUAUCUAAUAAUUUAUAUUUGGUCAUUUGGACUAUGUACUACGUGCAACGGUAUUACACUCAAGCGGCAUCCGCAGGUCCGCUGCAGACUGGACUGCAUUCUGCUGCACAGCUACUUUGCAGCCAGGUAUCUAAUAAUUUAUAUUUGGUCAUUUGGACUAUGUACUACGUACAACGGUAUUACACUCAAGCGGCAUCCGCAGGUCCGCUGCAGACUGGACUGCAUUCUGCUGCACAGCUACUUUGCAGCCAGGUAUCUAAUAAUUUAUAUUUGGUCAUUUGGACUAUGUACUACGUACAACGGUAUUACACUCAAGCGGCAUCCGCAGGUCCGCUGCAGACUGGACUGCAUUCUGCUGCACAGCUACUUUGCAGCCAGGUAUCUAAUAAUUUAUAUUUGGUCAUUUGGACUAUGUACUACUUACAACGGCAUUACACUCAAGCGGCAUCCGCAGGUCCGCUGCAGACUGGACUGCAUUCUGCUGCACAGCUACUUUGCAGCCAGGAGAACCCGCUCCCUCAAUGCCCCCAGUCCCAUACAGCAGUUCGGCCCUUGCGGCCGGAUUAUGAAGAAUUCGGCUAUGGUUAUGACGAUACAAGACCCUGCCAGUCAGAGACUGACAUGGUACAAGCCACCUCUCACAGUCCUAGUCAUCAAGAAGGUGCGAGAUGUGUCAGUGCUCAGUCCAUUCGUCCAGCUUGUGCGCUGGCUUAUAGAGGAGAAGCGGAUGGUGGUGUUUGUGGAGCAGUCUGUGAUGGAUGAUUCACUGUUGCUGGGUAAUGCAGACUUCUCUGGCGUCAAGGAGAAGCUGAUGACGUUUCGCGAUGGCAAGGAUGAUCUCACAGACAAGAUAGACUUCAUAGUGUGUCUGGGAGGCGACGGGACGCUGCUCUACGCCAGUCUACUGUUCCAGCAAUCCGUGCCUCCCGUGAUGGCAUUCCACCUCGGCUCACUCGGCUUCCUCACACCCUUCGAGUUCGAGAACUUCCAGGAGCAGGUCACCAACGUGUUGGAAGGCCACGCAGCUCUCACACUGCGCAGUCGACUCCGGUGUAUCAUAAUGAGGAAGAAUGAGGAGGUAACAAAAGCCAAACCUCCGUCCAACCUUCUGGUACUGAAUGAAGUGGUAAUAGACAGAGGGCCAUCUCCGUAUCUCUCCAACAUCGAUCUGUUCCUGGAUGGGAAACACAUCACUUCAGUACAGGGCGACGGUCUGAUCGUGUCAACACCCACCGGUAGCACUGCGUACGCCGUGGCAGCCGGCGCCUCCAUGAUCCAUCCCUCCGUGCCCGCCAUUAUGGUCACCCCCAUCUGCCCCCACUCCCUCUCCUUCAGGCCCAUCGUAGUGCCGGCGGGCGUGGAGCUCAAGAUUUCAGUGUCGCCCGACAGUCGGAACACGGCGUGGGUGUCCUUCGAUGGCCGCAACCGUCAGGAGCUGUUCCACGGAGACAGCCUGCGGGUGACGACAUCUAUUUACCCGGUGCCCAGCAUCUGCUCUCAGGACCAGAUCUCCGACUGGUUCGACUCUCUGGCCGAGUGCCUCCACUGGAACGUGCGUAAGCGGCAGAAACAUCUGGACGAACUGAGCGACCUGACCCAUUCAACCAGCAAUGACACGCUCGACUCACUUGACCACACGGAGCAGCUCGACAGCUAGAACUCUGUGUUUACAGGUCGUUGUGAGCGUGAGGGGACGCGGCGCGGCGCACCGAUACACUUUUGUAUUUUAUACAUGUAAUGUUAGUGUUUUAUAUUUAUUGAAUGUUGUUCUAUUUACUAUGGUGACUGGUGUAGAGGUAGAUAGUGUGUACGUGGCGAGUGUACGAGUGCGUGUGUGUGUGUGUGUCUGCGGGUGCGUGAGUACACUGAGAUGUGAUAUGUACAGUUCUCGUAGCGUCUAGGUAUAUUUUGUAUUUUGAUAUGAUCAAACUAAAAUAUAUUGAAAUAUUUUUUUACAUUUUAAUAGUUUUUACAGUUUCUCUUCGUGACAAAACGAUUGUUAAAAUUGAUAAAUUCUUCAUGGGAUAGGCAUUAUAUAAGGUUGUUAUUGAUUUAUUCAUGAGUUGUGAUAGAUUUUAAUACAUAUAUUUUAUAAAUAACUUAUUGUGUUACCAAACAAUGCUGUUCACCUGUUUUGGGGAAUGUAUUCAUUACUUGAUUUUACUUAAUAAGAAAUCUCUUUUAAUCCAGUGUUCAGAAAAAUAUAAUUUUGUUGAAUUGAGCGAACACGUGACAAUAACACAGUCAAUGCUGUCAGUUGUUGUCAACCAAAUGUACAGCAAUGCUAAACUUUUAAUUUUGCAACAGUGUUUAUUUUAAAUGCACAAAUUUAUUUAUUUUGAUAUUUUCACCCCGAGCUUAGCUUACUGCUUCUCUGGAAUGGGUGCGAUUAGAAAAAUCAGAGUUGUUUUCAAUAACAAAAUCAUGUUUUAAUAUAAUUAAAUGAUAUGAAAUAUUAGUUAUUACCAACUUUUGAAUUUCCCUUUUGAUUCCUAGACUUCAAGUUUAGUUCAGAGUAAACUAGUUAAACUUGAAUCACAAUGGAAGUAAUUUUAGAGUAUAUUUUAGUUUCAUUAGAAUUUAUAUGCUCAGAAUUUGUCAUAUUUGGAGAAAAUGUGUGAUCUGCUCUCAUUUUGGAUGUAAUUUUAUUUUAAGAUUAUUAUAAUGUACAAUUUUAAUAGUUUGAAAUAAUGUCAAUUGUCUACUUUAUUAAACCUGUGUCUGUACCUCAGAAGUUUUUUAUUGACUAUUUUUAAUAAAAUUACAUAAAUAUUUUA